CUGUAUUUCCAGCUGCAAGGCUGCCUCUCGGUGGAGGAGAGCAAUCUGUCAAUGCAGCCAAGGGAGCCUCCUCCAUGCGGAUCGAGUUUCCAAUGAUUGACAAGGUAACCAUGGCGAAUAAUUUGCCUAAAACUGUUGUCUUAUCCUCGCAGCCCCCGGGUCAGAUAACCGACCAAUCACAGCGCGCACAAUCAUUUUUCAUGCCAGUUUAGAAUAAUAUUAUUAAAAAAAAAAAAGGAGAAGAAGAAGAAGAGGAAGGAGAAGAGGAGGAGGAGGAGGAGGGCAGCCAGGCAGGCAGACUUGUGUGGACUAUGUGCAGGGGAUAGGAGGGGAGGAAGGAUCGCAGCCUGGCUCAGGAGAAGAAGAAAAGUUUUGGGAAAGUUUCUUUGGAGCUCCAUGGCCGGUGGAUGGGACUGAGCGGAUGGUGGUGGAGAUCGGCGGCUUCCCCUGGAUGGUGGUGGAGAUCGGCGGCUGCACAGGACCAUGUCGAUGCUGCCCACCUUUGGCUUCACCCAGGAGCAAGUGGCCUGCGUGUGCGAGGUGCUCCAGCAAGGGGGCAACAUUGAGCGCCUGGGGCGCUUCCUCUGGUCCCUGCCAGCCUGUGAGCACCUCCAUAAGAACGAGAGUGUCCUGAAGGCCAAGGCGGUGGUGGCAUUCCACCGGGGCAACUUCCGAGAGCUCUACAAGAUCCUGGAGGGUCACCAGUUCUCCCCGCACAACCACCCCAAGCUGCAGCAAUUGUGGCUCAAGGCUCACUACAUCGAGGCGGAGAAGCUGCGGGGGCGCCCCCUGGGGGCGGUGGGCAAGUACAGGGUACGCAGAAAGUUCCCACUGCCCCGCUCCAUCUGGGACGGAGAGGAGACCAGCUACUGCUUCAAGGAGAAGAGCAGGAGUGUGCUAAGGGAAUGGUAUGCCCACAAUCCCUACCCUUCCCCCAGGGAAAAGAGGGAGCUGGCCGAGGCCACUGGACUCACCACCACCCAGGUCAGCAACUGGUUCAAAAACAGGAGGCAGAGGGACCGGGCGGCCGAGGCCAAGGAAAGGUACGAGGAGAAUAACGAAAACUCAAAUUCCAACAGUCACAACCCGUUAUCGUCUUCUAUGAACGGUGGCAAAACGGUCCUGGGAAGUUCAGACGACGACAAAACGCCCUCGGGCACCCCCGACCACAACUCCUCGAGUCCAGCCUUACUGCUCAGCUCCAACCCAGGACUCCAGGCUCUCCAUGGAAUGGGCCACCCGCAGGGCCCCAGCGCCAUCCCUGUGCCAGGAGCGGACCCUAUGCACCACCACACUUUGCAAGACUCAAUCCUCAACCCAAUGUCGUCCAACCUGGUGGACCUGGGCUCAUAAGACAGUACACAGUCCCACCAAGACUAGGUGGAGAGGUGGCUCCACCACAUCUACCAUGGGUACUCCAACCUUCCAUGGACUGAAGGUAUAUAGUGUCUUGAAUGGUGACUUUCUGAACUGGUGGACCUUGGCUCCAAAGACAGUACAGUCCCACUAAGGACUAGGUGGAGAGGUGGCUCCACCACAUCUACCAUGGGUACUCCAACCUUCCAUGGACUGAAGGUAUAUAGUGUCUUGAAUGGUGACUUUCUGAACUGGUGGACCUUGGCUCCAAAGACAGUAUACAGUCUCCCCAAGGACUAGGUGGAGAGGUGGCUCCAACCAAACCUACAAUGGGUCCUCCAUCCUUCCAUGGACUGAAGGUAUGUGUCUUCAAUGGUGACCUUCUCACCUUCCCAACUGGUGGACCUGGGCUCCAGUAAACAGUCCCACCAGAGACUAGGUGGAGCGGUGGUUCCACCAAACCUACAAUGGGUCCUCCAUCCUUCCAUGGACUUGAAGGUAGUGUUCCUCCAAUGGUUACAUUCUACACCUGUCCUAUGUCUAAACUCUUACCUUUAAAUUAUAAUUCCAGCCUUUUCAACCCAAGAACCGCUGGCUGCCUCACUAGAGCUCAUCAGUGACCCCCCACCUGGCACCAAGCGGACCUCCCUUCUCCAGGAUCUAUCAUUGGAACUAGGACUGCGCCUCUGUUCUCGCUGCCUCUGUGGACACUUCCUCCAUAUAGCUCUGUGUCGCAGUGUCCAGGACAAGGUCAUAACCCAGGGUAUUUAAUCAAAUCUUGUCGCAGGACCUGCUCGGCUCUAUUCCCCAAAAUCAAAGCACUUUGCAUUAUCCUCUUAAAUGACAUUAUCAGCCCCCCUCCCUUUAAAAGUUUUGGAUCAGGUCAGUUGACUUUUUUUCGUUCUAUGUUUAUAUUAUGUGAAUAAAACAUUCAGAAAUAUCCCUGCUUUUAUUUUAUAAUAAAAAUAGGAAUAUUAAAAAACA